CAUUAACAGUUGGAAAGAUGUUAGUGUGGUGGAUAAAAAUAAAAUAUGGGACACAAUGAAGAAAACUUAUGAUUUGGACCCCAAACAAAAGCAACAGAUGUUGAAGGAUGCGGGAAAGUACUUCCGAAAUUGGAAGACUAAUCUUACAAGGGUACACGUUUAUGACGCUUUGAAAAAAUACCCAAAUGAGUUCCCGCCAGCUUUGCCAUUUGGAUUUGAGAAUGUCAUAACUCCGGAUGAAUGGUUAACGUUUGUGAACUCAAGAUUAACUCCCGAGUGGCAAAGAAAGAGAGAGGAGAUGCAAAAUUAUCGAGCACUGAAUAAAUACAAUCACAACCUCUCUAGAGGAGGCUAUGUGCGUAUUGAAGAGAUGUUAAUGGAACAAAGUGGGAAAAGUCUGACUGAACUUGAUAGGGCAGACUUAUGGAGCAUGGGUCGUAGGAAUGCAAAAGGAGAGCUCAUUGGAGAGGCCUCUGAGAUUCAAAAAAAUAUUGAUCAUUACCGGCAACUCCAAGCUGAGGGUAAAUGGGCACCUGAUGGCCCUGAUGAUGUGCUGAUGAGGGCGUUGGGCACUCCUGAGCCUCGAGGACGUGUUAGGGCUGGAGGACACGGUGUGUCCCGCUCAGUAUACUGGAAUACUCCAACACCUACCUCAACGAAAAAUAAAUCAAAAGCCUCUUCUUCGAAUGACGACAUUAGAAAGGAAUUUGAAGAAAGAUUUCGAAAACAAGAAGAAGAGCAUCGUCAACAAGCACAACGCCUAGAAGAGCGCCUUCAGCAACAAGAUGAGCUCUUGAGAAAAUUAUUGGCCCAACAGAGCGGGUCAGGAUCUAACGUUGGAGUCCCACCAGCGCCAUCAUCAUACUAUGUGCCCGACCCACCAGUGUCACCAGCGCAGAUCACUACAAGAAAUAUAGUUUUUAGAGGCAGAAUUAUUACCGGCGGACUAACUCCGCCGGUAAUGUGCAGUAUAUUAGCGGCGGAGUACUGGGUCCGCCGCUAA